CUUCUUUCUUUACUCUUCUUUGUCUUCCUCUUCUCUUCACUUAUCUUUAUCAUGGCUGAUUUCAACGCUGUUGCCAAGGCAUUUGUCGACUUUUACUACGAGACCUUUGACCGUAACAGACAGGAGCUCACCCCUCUCUACAGAGAGAACUCCAUGCUUACCUUUGAGGGACAGCAGACCGUUGGUGCCGCUGCCAUCACUGAAAAGUUGGUGAACCUUCCUUUCCAGAAGGUUGGCCACCGUAUCAGCACCACUGAUGCCCAGCCCGCUGAUUUCGAGCGUGGUUCCAUCCUGGUUUCCGUGACUGGUUUGUUGUUGAUUGAUGAGGAACAGAACCCCCAGAUGUUCAGUCAGACUUUCCACUUGAUCCCCGAGGGUGGCUCUUACUGGGUAUUCAACGACAUCUUCCGUCUCAACUACGCCUAAAAAAAAAAGAGAGAAAAAACAAAAAGAAAAAGAUAUCUAUAUUAUAUAUCUAAAUAUCUAUAUAUCUAUAUAUAUAUAAAAAAUAAAUAUAAAAACAAGAACAAGAACAGGAAGAUGAAGAUGGAGGAGACGUGUAAUGAUUCUUUUCUUCUAAAGACCAAAUUUAUAGUUAAAAUAGAUAGGCUUUGUGUAUAUACUCUGUCUUGAUAUCGUCUAUCACCGUAAGCUCUCCGAAUUGGUUUUUUUGAAUUUUAAUCCCAAAGUCGCUUUCAUCUAAAAUCUGUGUGUGUGUGUGUGUUUUAUGAAAUACAAUAUUGGUUCUUGACCAACGUUCUCCAAUC